CGGCCGCAGGUGUUCCCGCCGGGAGCGGCUCCUUCCCGCAGCGCCCUAAAAUCCACCCCCAAAAUCCUGCGACAGCCGCGCGGCUCGGAUUCCCCCCUCCCCGUCGCUGCCCGCUACAAGCGGUGCCAGGGCGGUUCCCUGGCAACGGCUGGGCCGAAGGAAACCUGGAGCAGAAGCCGCUUGUCUGUUGCUGUUGGGUUUGUUGGAGGCUGUGGUUAACCUGCCUGGUGGUGCUUGCAGCAGUAGGUGUAUGCCAGCAGACGGUGACUUCCAGGAGCAUCUCUCUGUUUCUCGUAAGGAGGUUCUAUAACGAUGAUAUAAUCGGGAUCUGCUGUUACUUAUUUACCUAAAGAAUUUCCUGUUUUGAUCUAUUUCCUGAAAGAAAUGAAGAAAGGACCAGAAAGCGGAGCGUGUCCCUUUGCAGCCGUAGGAAAUUUAGUGGAGUCAAAUCCAGAUGAUAACAGCAGAAAUGGAGCCUCAGCGAAAGACAAAGAUGUGCUUUUCUCUCCUGGAGAACUGGAAAACACACAGCUGAAACCUAGCAAAGAAACAUCCAGAAAAAAACUCUGUGGCUAUUUAAAUAAACUGGGCAUCAAGGGGCCGAUCAAAACCUGGAAGUCUCGCUGGUUCUUUUAUGAUGAAAACAAAUGUCACUUACUAUACUACAGAACUGCCCAGGACAUUAACCCUUUGGGGUCUAUCGAGCUCUCCAGCGCCAGCUUUGACUGCAAAAUGGAAAAUGGAGAAGGGAUUUUUGAGAUCAGAACACCAAGCAGAGUUUUUACUUUGAAGGCAAUCAGCAAGCAGGCAAUGAUGUACUGGCUGCAGCAGCUGCAAAUGAGACGUUGGGAAUUUUGCAACACUAAGAGCAGAUUUCCUGUGGGCAGCUCCCAGCUUGUGAAUGAGCCUCUAGCUGGCAGAACAAAUGUAGUUGACAAUGAAGACUUUCUGCCAUUGGUGAAAACACCAACAGAAGCAGUGGGUUUAAAGGCAGCAUCCUUGCCUGCACCCCAAACAUCUACUGCUUUGCAGAACAUCUCCCUUAAGCACCCUUGGACAGAGAUACAAAACACUGUCUACAAUAUUUGUGGCUCCAGACAGCUCUGGGGGAACAAUGAUAACGUCUUCAGCUUCGAUGAAUUUCAAGAGCAUCCUGCGAGCCUGGAUGAGGAACAAGAUGCGGAAGUGGAGGCAGGGUGUGCAGUUAAGGAAGGGACCCUGGAGGAUGGGAGGAUGGAGCCCAGGCUGAACUGGAUUAGGAAAGCCAGGUGGAAGAACAGUGGCUUCCCGGGCUCACAUGAAGAGCUGUCCAGGGAGAGGAACCCAAUGGAUAAAGUGAGUGUUCUACAGCAACAGAUCCUGACGCUGACAGAGGAAGUCAAGUCACAGAAGGAGCUGGUUAAACUUCUCCACAAAGCUCUGGAGGCAGCCCAGCAGGAGAAGCGAGUAUCUAGCAUGUAUCUCACUGCAGCAGAAGAUAAGGACAGGCUGGAGCUGGUGCGCCACAAAGUGAGACAAAUCGCAGAUCUGACUAGUCGACUGGAAGCUCUUGAACAAGAAAAGAAGGAACUGGAGCAGAUACUGACUUUGAGAGACAGCCACAUCCAGGAACUCCAGGAACAUGUGCAGCUUCUGAUGGAGAAGAACCACGCCAAACAGGAAGUCAUCAUGGCCUUGACGGAACAGAUGGCCCGAGAGCUCUCUGACCCCCUGCAAGAAGACAACACUGUCACUGCAGAGACAUUGUAUAAGCAGCAGGAGGAGAUUGAGCACCUGAAGGACGAUAUAGAUGCGUACAAAACCCAGAACCAAUUUCUCAAUUCGGAGAUCCACCAGGUUACUCGACUCUGGACAAGUGUUGCUGAGAAUGAAAAAGCUCUUCUGAUGAAGUGUGCCUGCCUGCAAGCAAGAAACUGCCAGAUGGAGAGCAAAUACCUGACAGUCUUGCGGAAGCUGCAGGAGGCUGUGCCUGGCCUGCCCAGCUCCUAUGCUGAGUUGGUGAAGAAUCUCAUCCAGGAAUCACUCCAGUGGGAUGUGAAGGAAGAAGCAGAAGAAGGUUUUAACUUGAACCCUGUCAGCGAGUAUGAUGAGUAUGGGUUUAUGACUGUACCUGACUAUGAAAUUGAGGACUGGAGACUUCUGGCCAAAAUCCAAGCCCUGGAGAUAAAGUCCAACAAACUGCGGAGCCAGGAAAUUGUGGAGAAGCCCCUCCGUGACAGGUGGAACAGCCUUGUGGAGCUGAACCCCUCAGCAGAGUUGAAGAGCCUGAUCCGCAGCGGCAUUCCGGUGGAGCAUCGGCAGCGGGUGUGGAAGUGGAUUGUCAGCCGGCACUGCAGCCGCCUGCCUGACCACUACCAGCGGCUGCUGCAGCAGAGCAGGAGCACUGAGCACCCUGCCUGCCGCCAGAUCGAGCUCGACCUGCCCCGCACGCUCACCAACAACAAGCAUUUUUCCUCUCCCACCUCCCAGCUCAUUCCCAAGCUCCGGAGGGUAUUGCUGGCAUUCUCCUGGCACAAUCCUGCCAUUGGAUACUGCCAGGGACUGAACAGGUUAGCAGCUGUUGCUCUCCUGGUCCUGGAAGAUGAGGAAAGUGCUUUCUGGUGUCUAGUCCAUAUUGUGGAGAACCUAAUGCCAGCAGACUACUACAGUGACACACUGAUAACCUCACAGGUAGAUCAGAGAGUCUUCAAAGACUUCCUGUCCGAGAAGCUGCCUCGCCUCAUGGCUCAUUUUGAGCAGUAUCAGAUUGAUGUGUCACUCAUCACCUUCAACUGGUUUCUGGUGGCCUUUGUGGACAGCCUGGUCAGCGACAUCCUCCUGCGAGUCUGGGAUGCCUUCUUGUACGAGGGAACUAAGGUCAUUUUCCGCUAUGCUCUUGCGAUUUUUAAAUACAAUGAGGAGGAAAUCCUGAGAAUUCACGACAGUGUGGAGAUCUACCAGUACCUACGCUUUUUCACAAGAAUGAUUAUGGAUGGCAGGAAGCUGAUGAACAUUGCCUUCAACGACUUAAACCCCUUCCCCAUGAAACUGCUGAGGAACCGUCGGUCAAUGCACCGGGAAGAGCUGGAGGCAGAGCUGUGCGAACUGGAACAGAUCAAGGCAGCCUAUGUAAAAGAGAGAGCAGAGCAAGGGCCUCAGGACCCGAAGGAGGUUGCUAGUGAAGAGGAGGAAGAGAUUUAGCAAAAAUGGAGUUGGUCAUCACUUCCCUUCCGUCUUGCAGAAGGGCAUCAGUAGCAACUGUCUGUAAGAGAUGGACCAGAGGGGGAAGAGUGGUCACAGCAGGAGCUUCUCCUCCGCCCCAGGAAGCAAGGCUGUAGUUACAUGACCAUCUGGGGACAAAUUCCUUUGUAACAGAUUGGAAGGUGUCAGAGGAGUUUUAUUCUCUUCUGUACUUCUCCCCAUUCAGCCCACCCUGUACAGUACAGUUCAGGAUUACAGCUGAGGGUGCAUAGGAAAUAUCAGUUGUACCAUGACUGGAAUUGACAUGGUGCAAAAGACCCAACCAGGCAGGGCUUUUCUACAUUUUUCCAGUGGAGGCUUGAGCGAGAUCUUUAUGUACAAGUAAAAUCCCUGGAAAUAAUGAAUUGAGAACCCUCCCUCACUGGUACCUAAAGCUUCUGAAUUGGUUAGAAAGAAAACCUGCUCUUUGAAGGCUUGGUGCCUUCAGUGGCUAGCCUGCCAUCAGAGUGUUUGUUUAACAUUGCAGUUACUCAGUCGAGACAGUGUCCAGAUAAGUGUUGGGUCUGAGGAAGUUCUGGAAGCUGGAGUACAUCACCCCAUGGGAUUCAGGCUCAGACAUGGGAAAUGGGUUGUGCGAGAGUGGAGUUGUCUCUCCAGUUUGGUUCCCAUGGAAAUCCAUGGGAACACAAGACGUGUCUCCCUGUCUGGCUGAGAAAUGCUGGGAGCUCUCUCUCCUUUUUGUUUAGCUUUGAGCAGAGCCAUCUAUGGAUUGGCCUGACCCUGGCAGCAGUCUGCCAUCUGGAGGUGAGUUUGCUCUGUAGAGGAACUCUCAUCUUGGUGUGAAACCAACCACAGCCUGGCUUCAGGCAGGGCCUAAUGUUACAGAGACUUUUACUGGGGAUGACUGGAUCUUCUGAUGGCCUCACACUCGACCAGGAUGAGUGUGUAGCCAUCUCUCUCUGCCUCACAGUUACGGUUUUCCUGUGCUGAUAUCCUUGUCUCUGACUCCUAUUCAUAAUGGAGGGACAUAGUCUUUUCUGUAGGAUUUUUCAAUACUGAAGGUGUUUUUCCCCUGGCUUAUGGCACUCUGGGAGUGAACCUGCAAACCACAGGGACUAGGUCACAAAAGUUGUCCUGAUAUUCUUUAGAAAAAUCAUUAAUUUUCCCUGAACCCAGGUCUAGUACACAGAGAUGCCCUAUCUGCCUUUGGGAAUGGGGUCUGAUAGCGUUCUCCCUCGCCUCCCAGGCUCGCCCAUCCCCUGGGCUGGAUGCCCUGCCUGUGCAGCUCAGUCCUCCAUAGACCCAGGAGCAGUCAAGUGCUUUAGAUAAAUACAACUUCGUUUCCCUAACACAAUGCCAGAUGCUGCAACCCCACUUUCCUGCUGAGUGGUGCUUUAUUCCAGGUGUGCCUGCAGUGCUGGCACCGACAGCAUGCAGCAGAUUCUGCUGCUGUAGGUCUGCCUCAGCUCUGCCUUAGGCACAACUGGACAAGUCAACCAGCUUCAGUGAAUUAUAGAAGACCAGGGGAGAGCUGUGGAGGCCAGCCACGCAGUACAGAAGUAAUCAAAGUGGAAAUGAGGUUUUGGGAAGAGCGGAUACAUCCCCUGCAUGCCACUGAGAGCUGCACACAUUGAAAGUGUGGGAUGAGAAGAAAAUGUUACUGGAAUCUUACAACAUCUCAAAAAAUGCACUUACGCCACCUAGCUAAGGAAGCCUAAAAGGUUUUUCCUCACAGAUGAUAUUGCUAAUCUAAUUUACUCAUACUGUUAUGUGCAUGGGUGUGCACAAAUACAGAUUUUUGCUACUGCUACAGACAUUAUCUUUUAAAUCAAGACCAUGAAAAUUACAAGUUCACUUAAAAUUUUAUUUUUCCUAGACCUUUCUGCAACAGCUUAAAAAUCUUUUCUCCUGACUUGCCCUUAUGUUUAUUAAAAAAAGCAUUUGAAACACGUAUUAUCAGACCAAACCAUAGCUGGAUGUAUCUCUGUGGUAUAUAAUAUACUUUGGUCCAUGUUAAAAAAUAAACUUCUCUGAAGCA